CACACGCAGAGCCACGUGAGCUUCAUCACCAGCCACCCAGCCCAGCUUGACGGCGGCUGGGAGCUGGUGGGGGGUGCCAGCGGCCGCACGGUCGAGGUGGAGGUGGGCGGGCGGCGCACGGCGCUCCGCCUGUUCCCCUCGCAUUGCGUUGCAGGCACCAGCGGCGCUCAGUUUGCAGAAGGCCUUGACAUCCAACUGAUCCAACACAGCGUGCACAAGGGGAUGGCGGAGGGGGUGGAGGCCUAUAGCGCUUUCCACGACAUGGCCCGCAGCAGCACAGGCGAGCCAGCCCUCCCUGGCCUCACGGGCUGGCUGCGCCAGCGAGGCGUCUCCACCCUGUUUGUGUGCGGAGUGGCGACAGAGUUCUGUGUGCGGGCCACCGUGCUGGACAGCCUGGCUGAAGGGUUUGCCACAGUGCUACUCACGGAUGCA